CCUUGAUGUAAAUUUAUCUUCGAACUGGCACUUCAUUGUAACUUAUGCUUUAAGGUAAUAAAGAAACCUGACGGUGGAGAAUGCUUGCUCAAGAAAUCCCUCUCUUCGUCCUGUUUAUGGCUUCUUUGAUGAUCCGCAACUUUGCCGCCCAGGAGUGUGGAAUCGACAGUUACUCCAUUUAUCAAAUGAUGUUAAAAGGACACACCUUUAAGACGUUCAGUGCUCGCCCAGGUUCGCUUGACUGCAGACAGUCGUGCAAUUCUGACGUCAGGUGUCAAAGCUAUAACUAUGUCAUAUUCAAAGACAUAUGUGAGUUGAAUAACAGGACCAAGGAGGCCAGACCAGAGGACUUUAUCAAGGACAAGGACAGAUAUUACAUGAUGAAGGCUCCCAAAAGAGUGCCCCUCGGUUCCAUUCCCGAGUUGCCAGCCGAUUCCUGUGCAGAGAUCAAAGCUAGUGAAGGAGGACAGGCGGUCAGCAGCAAAUACUGGUUAGAUCCCUCGAGAUCUGGAAACUCCCUUCUUGCUCACUGUGACAUGCAAACAGAAAGUUAGUGAACCUACUUUUUUAUCAAUAAACGUUUAUGUCGAUUUUGUAAUAUAAGACGUAACCAAACAUGCCAUAGUGUAUUUCAUUUGUUUUGUUUAAUUUAGUUUCAAGUUUCUGCUCCGUGUACCCGUGUCUCAACCAUGGCACGUGUGUAAACAGUCCUGAGAACUUCACAUGUUUGUGCAAUUCAGCUUGGUGGACGGGAAGAUUCUGUGAACAAGGUAAUAUAUAACUUAAAAUAACGUCUUAUUAUACGUUCAAUCUUACGACAAAUACGUUAUCCUGAAUUAUA